UACCAAAAUAGACAGUUCGUAUUUGAGACGUUGAUGUGAGCUGUGAAAUUCUCUGUAGUAGAAAAGUAGAGCCGUAUUCAUCGUGAUCAUUAUAAAAUUUCUGAUUAUUCUUAUAAAACACUGCCACGAAAAGAAGAACAUAAUUCGGAGGAAAGUGCUGUUGAUUUUCUUAUAACAACUUUUUCAUCUUUAAGAUGACGCCUUCGUUCUGUUGGGUGUUCCUGUUGGCGUUGGUGGGCCGUGCCAGGAGCGUUCCCGAUCCCGUCGUGGUCGACGCGUGCGCUCUGCUCUGCAACCCCGGAGCGGAGACCGAAUCCGAGCGAGCGCGGGACAAGAACCUAUAUCCGCGAUAUGCCAAAGUGAACUGCCACCCCCAGUCAGUGUCCGACGACGACCAGGCGUGGAGAAUUGCCAGCCACUGCUUGAAAUUGUGCAAUGAAGAGCUGUCAGUUGAAUCGGAAGUUAACUGUUUCGCACUGAGAUCGUCUCUGGGCAGUAAUUUAGGAUGUUAUUGUGAAGCUUUGACACCCUUGAGUCCGAACACCAUGCGUCUCCACGAGAGCUGGAGACUCAACUUUCUAGUGAAGGAGCUGGCGAAGGACAUCAUGGCUGUAAUCCUCGAUUCACCUCUCGAUAUGAUGAUCUUAUGUGAGAUCCAUAAAGAGCUAUACCACGAAGGUUAUACACUAAAAUUACCUGACAAAGGAAAAAUUAUAGAUACAUGCAAAAAUGAGACAUUACAUAUAAUAAGGUCUCGAUCAGUUGAUCAAGAAGAGGAUAGUGUUGUAGAUAAGGAUGCGGUAGAAGAAAUUGUAGCCGAUGAGGAGGACAAGGAUCGUGUCGUACGCGAAGUUAAAAAUUUGGAGCACAGUAAGGAAAGCGACAAAUAUAGCAAGAACCUGAAAGACGAGUUGGAAACCGAGAUGAAGAAAAAUAAAGAUAAAAAGAAUACCGACCUUGGCGAUAAGACUAAUAAGAAAAACAAGGACAAUGUGGAAAAUAAUAAAAAGGUUGAAAAGGACGUCACAGGCAAUAGCGGAAAAGAUAAAGUAAAAAGACAACGCAAAGAGCGACACGAAGCACAGCAAGAAGGAUAAGAAAGACAGCAAGAACGAAAAAGGAUAACGCGAAAGACAACGCAAAGAGCAACGUGGAAAAUAAUAAGGAGAAAGCAACAAACGACGCAAAGAACAACGUAAAAAAUAAUAAAGAGGACGCAACCAACAACGCAAAGAGCAACGUGGAAAAUAAAAAGAAGAAAUUAACAAACGACGAAAAGAGCAAUGUAGAAAAUAAUAAGAAGGACACCACAAAAGACAACGCAAAGAACGUUGCACAGAAUGAUAAAAAAGUUAAGGAGGACACGAAUAAUAGCAAAAAAGAUAAUCUGAAAAACAAAUCAAAGAAUGAAG